AUAACGACCGGCGCUGUUCGUCGCGUAUGUUCACGUUUCGCUGCAGUGUGCUGCCAGCAGCGUACGAAACACGUACACCAAUACGAUCUACGCUGGAAAAAUGGGAAAAUUAAAAUACUUUUUGGCUGCUUUGGUCGCAUUUGCACUGGUCAUUUAUCAGAAAAAUGUCGUCGAUAUUAUCGUGGAGCCGGAAACAAUGCCCGAGGACGUAUGUUGGGGAGCCGUUCCCAGUAAGACGAAAAACUCUGAGAACGCCAAAGAAGUCCGACCGUUCCUUAUAAACAUCACGACCGAAGUCAUCGCCGAUUUGAAGCACAGACUCUCCAACGCCAGACCGUUAGUAAAGCCGUUGCGAAGUGUGAAUUUCGAGUAUGGCUUCAAUAGCGAUCACUUGGCGAAAAUCAUUGACCAUUGGUCGAACCGAUAUGAUUGGACAGCUAGACAAGCAUACUUGAACACUUUGCCGCAGUUCAAGACCAACAUUUUCGGUCUGGACUUGCAUUUCAUACACGCGAAGCCACCUGUAGGAUCUUCGACCAGGACAAUACCUCUGCUUAUGUUGCACGGAUGGCCUGGUUCCAUCGUCGAAUUUUAUAAAAUCAUUCCUAUGUUGACCACCCCGGUCGCCGGUCGCCAUUUCGUGUUUGAAGUGAUAGCACCCUCGUUACCAGGUUACGGGUUUUCGGACGCGGCCGCACGGCCCGGCAUGGGUCCAGCGCAAAUGGGUCAAAUUUUCGUCAAGCUCAUGGAGAGGUUGGGCCACGAAAAGUUCUACGUUCAAGGUGGCGAUUGGGGAUCGGUCAUAACAGAAGCAAUUUCGAAGAUUUUUCCCGACAGGGUUUACGGCAUGCAUUCAAACAUGUGUGCGGUUACUACUUUGACACUGAGUGAUUACGUUCGAUUGGCGUUGGGAACGUACUGGCCUUCGUUAAUCGUUAGCUCCGAGGCUGAAAAAUCCCGAACUUAUCCAUUGAGCAAGAUGUUCUUUGAUUUCCUCGAAGAAUCUGGAUACAUGCAUUUGCAAAUGACCAAACCCGACACAGUCGGCGUCGCUUUGAACGAUUCGCCGGUCGGCUUAGCAGCUUAUAUUCUAGAAAAAUUUUCCACUUGGACAUCUACGGAUUACAAAUCUCUACCAGACGGCGGCCUGUCUAAGUUCAAAGUAGACGAACUAUUAGACAAUGUCAUGAUUUACUGGGUGACUAAUUCCAUGACCACGGCGAUGCGGCUGUACUCGGAAUACGCCAGCAACAAAUAUCGUGCUCUUCCACACACAUUGGCCAAAGUUAAAGUCCCAGCAGCUUGUGCUAUUUUUCCGAACGAAAUACCGAUGAUGUUAUCACUGAAGAAACUUUUGAAUCGUAAAUUCGUAAAUCUAGUCAGAGCUACAGAGAUGAAGGAAGGUGGACAUUUCGCAGCGUUCGAACAACCUAGACUGUUGGCAGAUGACAUUUGGUCGACAGUUUACGAGAUGGAAAACAUAAGAAUCAAUCCAAUUUAAUAUUAUUUAUUUUAUUUUUGUACAUCAUGAUAUUUUCAUAUUUAGGAACUCUUUUUUUUUAAAUUCUAUCCAAAGUGUUUUUUUGUAAUUUUCGAUCGCCGAUAACUGGUAGAAGAGAUUCUAAUUUCGUCGGCUUUUUAACUAUAUUUUCUGGCGAUACGCGUCUGUGUCCUGUAAUAAUAAAACAUUUUUUAUUAUUAUUAUUUCUAUAAUUAUAUGCAUGAUAAAUAAUAUUUAUUCAAUAAAAUGACAUAAUAUUACGAUUAUGUUAAAAAAACGUAUUGCAGGUUA